ACAACAAAAAAGAAACCCUCCACAUUGAAGAAACCAUGCUCACUUGUUGACAUUUUUUUUUCAGAUUUCUUUUGUACCCCCCCUGCUGCCAUGGCCCAUAUCACCAUGUGUGAACCUGUUGAGCUCUAUAAUCUCCUCAACCAGUGCCGCUGUGUGUCCAGGCUGUCAGAGAUCAACUACUUCUGUCUGAUUGACGCCCAGGAAACCCAAGACUACAACACAAGUCAUAUUGUGACAGCCAAAAAUGUGAAAAUGGUUGCAAAAGGUUCCUUCCUCUUGCCAUAUACGGUGGAGAUUGAGAGCAUGCGACACAUUGUUGUCUAUGACAGCAACACAAGCUCUUUAAAGGAACAAGGAAGAGCAGUUGCCUGUGCCAAUGUAGUGGCAAAAUCCAGCUCCACUCCAGUAAAAAUACUGAAAGGAGGCUUUCAGAGGUUCUCUGCUCUGUAUCCAUUUUUAAGGACCGAGAAGAUCUUUUACACCAUCACGGAGCUGGAAAACUUCAAGAUUUAUCCAGUGGAAAUUAUAGCUGGACUGCUGUAUAUGGGGGACCAGAACCAAUGGCAGGAUCCAAAUACCCUGAAGGACCUGAAAAUCAGCGCUACGGUCAACAUCUCACAUUUUACUCCGACUGACUCUGUAGAGUCUUUAAGUGGGACCCACACAACCCUCGACAUCCCGCUGGACGACGACGUAGAGUCGGAUUUAUAUUCAAACUUCCAAGAAAUAUGCAGCUUUAUUAGUUCUCAUAUAGAUGCAGGAUGUCGUGUCCUGAUAGUUUCCAGGCAGGGCAGGAGUCGGUGCAGCGCUGUGGCCAUCGCCUUCCUCAUGCACCAUUUCAAAUACACACUGGAGAAAGCCUGGAGACACAUGAUAAAAUGUAAAUCCACCAUGAGGCCCAACACUGGAUUUCUUCAGCAGCUGAGUGACUGGGAGCGACACCUCAUGGGGAGAAAACACACAGAUCUAUCAAAAGCCCGGUUUUGAUGAAAAGAUGCAACAGAUUGUGAUCUGCCAAAUGUAUUUUCACCUUUGCAAAUUUCUUGGUCAUUUGCUUUAAAAAGUAACUCUGCAAAUUUAUGAAGAAGUCUAUGACAUCAUAAUUUAUUACAUUUUUAUCACCUUGUACAAACACUUUCAACUUCAUUCCGUCAUUUAUUAUGAACAUUUUAGACACAAACCUAACAAGUUUACAUCAUCAUUAUUAUUACUAUCAAUUUUAUUGCUUCAAAAUGGUAGCAAUUUAAAGCCUUUUACAUGAUAAAGAUUUUGAAUCAAACUAUUUUCGCCUUAAUAACAUUUUCUAAGUAGUCAAAGACAAAUCUAAAUACAACUCAAUUAAUAUUACGAUGCAUAAGAUUUUACAUAUCAUUUCUCUUUUUGUGAUCAGAAUUGUUUGUUCUUUCAAAAAAAAA